ACAUUGCUGCUACUUAAAAAGAAAGAGGUUACAAACGACUUAAAAAGUGGAAAAGGAGUAAGGAAACGUGGUACACAGGAGGAUAACAGUGGAGGUUAUUUUUGAAAACUUAUAAAGCAGGUGUACAGUGAAAGACCACCAGCCAAACAGUUACCUUCUGAAACUGCCUCUGAAUCAAUCAUCAUGCCCAUUCCCAUGGCAACGAGGACAGUGAUAAAGCUGGCUGCCUUCAUGAUGUUUUUGGCUCCGUCUUGUGCAUUGAGCAAUGAGCUGGAGGAUUAUGGCAACUGGAACUACAGAGAAGGAGCGGAUCAUGUAAACGUGGCUAACGUUCGAAGUGUGACGCGGGUUUUGGAUGUCUGGGGCAAGCGUAUCUUUAAUGAGGUCAAGACUCUGCUGCACUCACAGCCCAACACCGUCCUGCCCGACUACUCCAGAGUGCUGCCUCUCUCUGAGUCUCUCAAUGAUCUCUUCAGAGAAGUCUCCCAUUUACAGAGACGCAUCACAGACCUCAACAAUCGCCUAGCAAUCUUAGAGCCUUUUCUUCGUCGUCAUGGCUACCACGAGGAAGGAAAAGAUGCAGUGGAGGACUCCAAAGUGGCCCCCCAGAGCCUGACAGGAGCAGGCACCAGUCUGACGCAGUACCCGCGCCGCUACAGGGUCCGAACCAGGAGAGUUAGGGUGUACAAAGAUGGGAACGGGAGAGUCAAAGUAAAAGAGAUCGAAAGAUAGAUGACAGGAGAAACUUAAUGGGUUAAUAAAAAAUAUAAUGUGUAUUAAAUGCAGCCUUGCAAAUAUUAUGAGUAACGUAUUAAAGCAAUUCUGCACUUUUAACCUAAUCUCUGUCCACCGCAUCUGUAGCAUAUGGACUGCCAAGGGUAAUUAUUUCUACACCUUUACCUGUACUGGGGAAAAAAAAUUGGGAAAAUAUGUGACUAUAUUACACGGACUAUAGAACCAAAUAAACCAAAUAAUUUUGUAUUUCUUUAUAAGACACUAGAGAAUGCUUUACGAGACAGUGAUACACAUAUAGACUAUGCACUUGUAAAAGGAACAAUGUGCACAUUGUUAUUUUAGAGCAAAUGUAUGUCUUAAGUUAAGUUCUUUUAAAAAUUUACUUGCUAAUAUUAAGAAAUAAAAAAAUUUAAAUUCUGAAUACUGAUGUGUCUUAUGGCUGCCUAAACAAAACAAGUCCCAGACAAGUCUUCAACCUCCUGUAAAAGGUUUGAAGAAAUGCUGGAAAUAAAUUUUUUUAUUCGCAAAGCUGGUAAAGUACAGCAGAAUUACUGUAACACUAUUUUUUAUUUAAAACAAAACAAUGGAAGACAUAUGAUGUAAGAUGUGAUCAUGCAGACAAUAAUACUGUAUUUCUUAAACAAAAUGUUUGUGCUAAUUCACUCGUUAGGUUUAAGUGACAAUAUAAAGUAUUAUCAAGAUUUUGGUACAAACAUCUUCAAACAGACAUGGACCACAUUAAAAUUACUGCACAUUUGCUUCAGACUUCUGUUUAUGAGUUUUGUGUACAGGUUUUCAGUACAGAGAAACAUGUGUCAGAUGUGUUCGAGAUUAGGUUGAAAAUCAAUAAAAUGUUCCUUCAAAAUCAUGUAUUAUAAAGCCAUCCUUAUAAAUGAUGUAUGAAAUAUAAUUUACACAUUGCAGUUAAUUGUGCAUUGCAUUAUUGCUGAAUACAUACUGCUUCUAAUAAGCACACAGUGAUAUGUGAUUUUAUAAGCAUUUCUAUUAUACAGGAAUAUAUUGUUUCUAUUUCAUGCACUAGCGUGAGCUCAGAUCUAACAAGACCAAUCAAAGUUCUCUUGCACAGGAAAGUUUAAGCUUCACUCACUGAACUGUUACUAACUCCUACCACAUGGAUAGCUUUGCUUUGCUGGUGAAAUCAGUGAAGACGGAGAUUACAGUCCCAUGGUGAUUAAACCUUUCAACCAUGUCAGAAUAAAUUUAUAAAGCUUUUUAAGGGGACUAUGUUU